CACAAAUCGCUGCAAAUCAAGGUAUUAGUUUCGUGGUCGCCGCUUCACCGUACAUAUUCUUACAACAGAAGUCAACAUGUUCAAAAUCAUUUUCUUGGUAUCCUUCCUCGCCGCUGUUGUCUUCGCCCUCGAAGAUCACCACCAUGAGGAUUACAACGCUCAUCCCAAGUACAAGUUCGAGUAUGGAGUCAAGGACUCCCACACCGGUGACCACAAGCAGCAGUGGGAAGUUCGCGAUGGAGAUGUCGUCAAGGGACAGUACUCUCUGCAUGAAGCCGACGGCAGCAAACGUAUCGUUGACUACAAAUCCGAUGACCACAAUGGCUUCGAGGCUGUUGUCCAGAAGGUCGAACACGGACACCAUUAAACUUUGGCGGGCGAGAGCGUUAUCGGACCAACACCGUCCUGAGUAUUUCCAGUAUUUUCAGUAUUGUUGUGAUAUUGAAAAUAUGUCUGUUGUUAUUUAUGAACAAUAAAGUUUGUUUUUGU